CGGGCGCUGGGAGGGGGGAGGCGGAGCUUCCCUUUCCCUCCCCCGCCGCGGCGUUGCCAUGGAGACGCGGCCGCGCCGGGCCGGGCCUGGGCCGCCAUGGAGGUGACGGGCGGGCGUUACUACGGGGACACCGUGAGGAGCAGGAUGGAGGGACUGGGUUUCUACACGCUGCCGACGGGCACCGAGUACCGGGGAGAGCUGAAGGACGGGAUGUUCGACGGCGAGGGAGAGCUGCUGUUCCCCAACGGCGGCAGAUACCGGGCGGUCUGGCAGCGCGGGGUGCCCACGCAGGGGAAAUACACUUUCGCAGAUGGUCUCGAAUACAAAGAUAAAAAAUGGCAUUACUGUGACGGCUACGACAGAAGAUUUUAUACAGAAAUCUGCUCUGGUCUUAAACCAGCAGGCAUUUCUCAGCUUACAAAUCUGGAUCCUCCCAGAGAAAUCCCAAUAGGAUGUUAUGACUGUGGCGAUGGAUUCUAUAAUCCUGAAACCAGAGUUAUCGUUGACUACAAACACAGGUUUCUGAGAAACGCAGAUGAUGAGGAGCACGAAUGGAUCAUUCGGACCUGCCGGAAAGCUUGGAGUAAAACAACUGAACAUAAACCAAAACCAUGAAAACAGUUUUUGCUAGACGUUAAUAUUCCAAAGCAGACAGGAGAUGAAUGCAAAUGACCUGAGAUAAGGUUUGGUUCAGUGGCAACAGUCAGUGUGAAAUAUGUUGUGAAACAAUGUAUUGAAUAAAUUAGAG